CUUGUUUGUUUCAACACCACUUCCUGUUUUGCUCGAUGAGUUACUUGGAGACUGGCUCUUUGCUUGAUGAGUUUCGUAGCUUUGACAAGGGUGGCUUCUUCGACCUUGGCCACCCUCUCCUCAAUCGUAUCGCUGACAGCUUCCUCAAAGCCGCUGGUAUAGGAGCAAUUCAGGCUGUGUCAAGGGACGCAUAUUUCACCGCUAUUGAGGGCUCGGGACUUGAUUCAAAUAAUAUGUCAGAGUUAGAUGGCUCAAGGAAAUAUAACUUUCCUAAUAUCAAAGGAGAAACCAACCGAAAAUCUCUUGAAGCAAUGGUGAAGAACACGGGAAAGGAAUCUUUACAAUGGGGACUGGCUGCAGGAGUAUAUUCUGGUCUCACAUAUGGGCUAAAGGAGGCUCGCGGAGCUCAUGAUUGGAAAAACAGUGCAAUGGCAGGAGCAAUAACCGGAGUGGCAUUGGCACUUGUAUCGGAGGACUCUUCCCAUGAGCAGAUUGUGCAAUGCGCCAUUACCGGAGCCGCUAUUUCCACUGCUGCAAAUCUUCUUACAGGAAUAUUUUAAGCUCAAGUUAGGAAAAUAAUGUGUGGCCUUGUUAUCUCUUUUUUCCAUAACAACAGUUUCUUUUCUGGGAUUUUCAUCUUUAGAUGAUUGUAUUUAAUCAUCAUAAGAAACAUGAAGGCUUUGGCUUGGGCACACAAUUUAUAUUUAUUCUUCAAAU